AUGGGGCUCUCAGGACUUCUGUCAAUACUGGUGCCGUUCAUCCUCCUGGGUGGUGUCCAGGAACCUGAGCUGGUUGAGGGGUUCUUAAACAUGUGUCCCAAAAUCAAAGUACAUUGUGAUAUGAAAGAAACAAACCAAUGUCUAAAGAACAGACAGUGCCCAGAGAAGAUGAAGUGUUGCAACUUUAACUGUGCAAGGAAAUGUUUAAACCUCAAACAAGCCAAGAGUUUCAAUCGGAAGCGGGAACAGGUUGGUAUGGAAGUGGGAGCUCCAGGAAUAGGCUGGGAAUAG